AUGGCUCCCCGGAAGAACAAGGCGCGCGCCCGAUCCUCCAGUACUUCGCUUGGCGAAUCUGGCCCAGAGGAGGAGAUUAGGACAGCUGCAACCAGGCCACGGGCGACCGGCAAGAAAGCAGCACAAAGCAGUGAUGGCUGGGAUGUCUGGCAGGAUACCGUUCGGGAACAGGAGGCCGACCGGGUCAAGCAGUAUAUGAGCACGUUCCAGGAAAAGGUGGCAUCGAUGCGGAAGAAGGCAGUGCAGGAUAUGAGGCAGUCAGAAGAGAGCCGAGUGAGGACUGCGUAUGGAAACGGGCUUACGGAAACGGCCAGAUCAGAAAUGAUGAUGCCUAGCCGCCUCCCUCUGCGCGAGGCUAGUGAAGAGGUCCUUGGUCUGUUUCAGUCCAUGCUGUCCCGCUUUGAACGGACAAACAAUGAGCUUCGAGAACAGUGCAGCUGCUUGACAGGAUUCAGCGCUAGCACCGGUAGCACCGGCCCAAGCCUUUCAGUCAAAGCAGCCUGGCAGAAGGAUCACGAAGAGGCGCGCAAGCUACUGCAAUAUGGCCGGGCGUACGGUGAUAAUCUGGUGCACGAAAUAAUCGUUCCGCAGACUGACGGAAACGGUUCCGCGCCAAUCGCACAUGCGGACAGCAUCGAUCUGAACUGCACAGGGAGGUCGGCCAUCGGGCUGUUCCCUCGCAGCCGGGCAACCCUGGUGGGUGGCCAAACAUGGGGCGAGACGGCACGGACGCAAAUGCAGGCAUUGACGGGAAUUGUUCGGACGCUUCCAUACGAGGAGAAGGUUGAGAUAGGAGGGUCCAAGACACCUCCUAUCCGACCGGAUGGCCGUUCGCCGACGCAAUUCCGCCCUCUGCGCGCCGAGACGGGCAUGCUGCCGGGCGCAAAUGGAAGUGCGCGCGUGUGUUUUUCCGAUGGAACGGAGGCGAUAGUGGGUGUCAAGGCUGAUGUGGAGAAGACGCGGCGGACAGGACGGGAAGACGAUGACGACGGGGACGAGGAUGUCGAGGGCGGCGAAAAAGGCGGCGAGGACAAGAAGGACGGGAACGGGGUAUCGGCUUCGACAUCGGCGUCAUCGACAUCGGGCGCGUCGUCCUGGGUUGAGGUGACAGUUGAAAUCCCGGGACUGCGAGACGACGACAGCAACACCGUCUUUCUGGCGGCACUCUUGGCCGAGGCUCUGCUGGCCGACGGCAACCUGGCACAGGCGCUUCGUAUCAACCGGCGCUUCCACUGGAAGCUGUACCUGGAUAUCCUGCUGAUCUCCCCCCCGCUCUCGUAUCCGCUGCCGCUCCUGUCGCUGACCAGCCAUCUGGCUCUGCUGGCGACGCGGCUUCCACGGUUGGUCUCCGAAGGCGAUGAGGACCCGUUCUUCAACGACGACUGGGACGCGUCGACGUACCUGUACCCCCGCGCGACCGAAGCCGGAGCUGAAGCCGGAGCAGCAGCACAGCAGCCGUUCUCGCGGCCGCCCAUCACGCUUCUCGUCAUGACCGUCGGCGACAGCAUCCUGUUCGAUCCGACGUCCGAGGAGCUGGCCGUCGCGAACGCGGUCCUGGCCGUGUCCGUGGGCGCGUCUGAGCCUCCACGACCAGCAGAAACGACGACAGCGCCGUCUUCCUCUUCCUCGCUCCGGCUCCUCGCCAUCCGCACCAUCGACCCGCCGUCACGCCUGACCGCGCCCGGCACUCCCUACAACCCAGACACCAAGGUCAAGCAGCAGCAGCAGCAGCAGCAGGCUGCCGGCUCGUCCGCGCCACAGGAAAACAGCACGCCCUCGCGGCUGCCCGAGACUGAGGCCGUCUACGGGGUCUGGCGGGCGCCGCGAGGCGGAGCCCGCGUCGGCCUGCUGGCGGCCAUGACGCAGCGGGUGCUGGAAAAGGGCGGCGUGGCCGAGGAGGUCUUUGCCGGGCUGGGCGCGGUAGAGGUGGUGUGA